AUGGAUGUGCCAUUACCUGAAAGUGUACAAAAAGUAGACUGCCAAGAACCAGCAACAAGAUUAGAGAGUGGGAGUUCUGAUUCCAGUCAUACAGUACAUAUUUAUGCACAUCGUAGAUGCUUGAAACCCGAUGGAACGUUUGCCCUACGGGUAGUUCACUCACAGAUCGACUAUAAUAUGCCCUGUCUGGCUCCUGACUUGCAAGCUGUUUCAAACAGUAGCUUCUACUGGGGGCGAAUGAGCUACUAUGAGGCCGAAGCACAGUUAGAUGGCAAACCAGAGGGAACAUUUUUGCUAAGAGACAGUGCCCAAAACGAACACUUGUUUACUGUUAGCUUCCGUCAACAUGAUAGUACUCGUCAUGUAAGGGUCAAACUGUGGAAUAAUAAAUUUAGUAUUGGUAUGUUCUCAGCGAACACUGUAUGUGAAUUUUUUGAGCAUUACAAGGACCCUAACUCUGACUCAAUCAUGUUAACUAUUCCACUGCCAAGACGAAAUCCUUUUACGCUGCUGGAUUUGUGCAGGGCUGUUAUAUGUACGUAUAUGAUAUACGAUGACAUAAAACUGCUGUGUUUACCAUCGGCAUUGCGGGAGUAUCUGAGGGAAUAUCAUUAUACACAAAAAAGCAGAGUGCGUACAUUUGAAGUCGAGGAAUCUACUGAGACUGAAGUCUACUAA